GCCGCCGCCUCCCCCGCCGCGCCCGCCCGCCCUUAAAAGCGGCGGCGGCUCCGGUGCAGCGCCCGCGGCGGCGCUCCCGGCACGGCCCGGGAUGGGCUCCGCGCACUCCGUGCCCGCCGAGAUGCGGGAGCUGGCGGACAGGACGGGCUUCACCUCGGAGCAGAUCGAGCACCUGCACCGGCGCUUCAAGCAGCUGAGCCAGGACCAGCUGACCAUCCGCAAGGAGAACUUUGACAGCAUCCCCGACCUGGAGUUCAACCCCAUCCGAGGGAAAAUCGUCCACGCCUUUUUUGACAAGCGGAACCUGCGGCAGGAGUCGGACGGGCUGGCGGAGGAGAUCAACUUCGAGGACUUCCUGACCAUCAUGUCCUACUUCAGACCCAUCGAGAUGAACAUGGACGAGGAGCAGCUCGACCGCUUCCGCAAGGAGAAGCUGAAAUUCCUGUUCCACAUGUACGACUCGGACCACGACGGCAAGAUCACGCUGCAGGAGUACAGAAAUGUGGUGGAGGAGCUGCUGUCGGGGAACCCCCACCUGGAGAAGGAGUCGGCUCGGUCCAUCGCCGACGGGGCCAUGAUGGAGGCAGCCAGCAUCUGUGUGGGACAAAUGGGCCCGGACCAGGUGUACGAGGGCAUCACCUUCGAGGACUUCCUGAAGAUGUGGCAGGGCAUCGACAUCGAGACCAAGAUGCACGUCCGCUUCCUCAACGUGGACACCAUCGCCCACUGCUACUGAGGGGGGAGCAGGAGGAAGAGGAGGAGGAAGAGGAGGAGGAAGAGCACCCAGCAGCAGCUCCAUGUCCUGGCACUCAGCUCUGCCCCGCCCGUGUGCCUGUUCCAGGCUGGGGCUGCCCUCUAGGAACAUCAGAGGCUUUUAUCUGUAAUAAAAGAUAUUUCUCUUUUUA